ACGAAAAGGGCCAAGCUGACAUGGGGCCGUGACGUCAGAUUCAUGGCGCUGGGACGCCGAGGCCGAGAGGAUUGACAUCGUUGCAGCUCGGGGGGCUAUUGCUGUGUCGUGCGGUUUUCGAUGAUCCUCAAUGUCUCCGUGACUCGCGGUAGCAUGAAAUCUGAACUGCUUGGCAGCGAGCGCCUGAAGAUUGAGAGUCGUAAGCUGCCGGUGCGCCGAAAUAUGUCAAAGGGCAUCUCGCUGGUGAACGGUGUCGCGGAUCAUGCUGUGGUCGACGGUGAUAGCAUGGUGCGGCAGGUGAAUCUGGUGGCCGCCUUCCAUGAUCACAUCUCGUGCACCAAGUCGGCCGACUACAUCGGCGACUCCGGGCAGGAGAAGAUGACGCUGCCCUGCGAGACGGAUCACUUGUACGCCAACUGCGGAGAGUCGACCAAGAGUGCCGAUGACAUGGAUGUGGAGAGGCUACGAGCGAUUGUGCUCCUUCACACGGAUCUUAUACAGCACCAGCAGGAACAGAUCUUCAAGAAGGACCGUCAGAUGCGACAGCUGAGAGCAGAGCGAGAUACGCUGAAGCAGCGCUUGGAACGGCUAGAGAAGCGGCUUGUGGCCAGGGAGAGCAGCCCAGAACGCUCGAGCGCAUUCACUCAGACUGAGCAGUCACGAACUGAGCCAAGCAUCUACCGGCUACAACAACCCGAGCCUCAGCCCGGACUGCAACCAGAGCCACACACUGAGCUAUGGCAUGAGCCCCAGCCUGAGCCACAAUCUGAACCCCAGCCAGAGCCACAACACGCUCGACAUCCCAAGUCUCAGCCCCAGCUGUGGCCCGAGCUAUGGCCCGAGCCGCAACCUCGGUUACGGCUCGAACUACAGUCCGAGCCAGAGACAGAUCUAGAGUCGGAGCCAGAGACAGAGCCAGAGGCCGAUGCAGAGACUGAGCUAGAGGCCGAGGUAGAGCUUGAACCACGGCCCGAUGUCCAACCAGAGCCACAUCCCGAGACACAUCUUGAGCCACAUUUCGAGACACAUCCCAAGCCACACCUUGAGCCACAUCCCAAGAGGCAUCAUAAGCCGCACCUCGAGCCACACUCCGUGUCACAUCCUGUGCCUCAUCCAGACCUGCAGCUUGAGCAUCUGCCAGAGACUGUACAGGACCUCGUACCGGAACCAGAUGCAGAGCCCGAGCCGGAGCCGGAGCCAGUGCCGGCGCCAGUGCCUGCGCCUGCCACCUUCCCUUCGCGCCACAAGAGCAGCAGUAUACAGCGUCAACGUAAGAGGCGGAGAUCACCGGAGCGAGUCAGCUCGGAAGAACGCGUUAGUUCUGCAGAGCGAGUGAGUUCUGUGGAACGAGUGAGUUCAGUGGAACGGCUGUGCACGGCAGACAUUGUAAAGCUGACAGAGCGUGCGAGACCCGUCGACAGAUACACCCCCGAACCAGUGAGGCCCACCAAGAAGGCGAGGUCGACGGAACGAGCAAGGUCGAAAGAACGAGGCAAAUCUACAGAACGCGGAAAGUCAACAGAACGUGGAAAGUCGACGGAGCGGAGCAAGUCCACGGAACGUGGGAAGUCUAAAGAACGCAGCAAGUCUACAGAACGAGGCAAAUCUAAAGAACGGGGCAAAUCGAAGGAACGAAGCAAGUCGAAGGAGAGAGGCAAGUCGAAGGAACGCAGCCAGUCGACGGAACGUAGUAAGUCGACGGAACGGGUGAGGUCGAGGAACCGGGUGAGGUCGAGAGACCGUGUCGGGUCGAAAGACAGGUUGAGGUCGAGAGACCGGUUGAGGCCGACGGAACGAGUGACGUCAGUGGAAUGCCUGAGUUCCACGGACGAGGAGGAGGAGGAGGAAAGCCUCGCCAAAAGGGUGGGCACUCCCGUGCCGUCCGAAGGAGGAAUGACGCCGCGGUCCUGCCCAUCUCCCGCAUCCGACCGGGCCUUGGACCCAGCCCUCCUGUGGACCCCGGAGCCAUACCCGAGCUGCCCGUCUUCCCGUCGGACCUCGCCGGACCGGCCGUGCUCCAGGAUCGAGGUGCCUACCUGGCGUGUGAUCCCCAUCCAGAGCGGCUACUCCAUGGAAGGAACAGAGAACCUGGAUGACGAGAUUUUCCUCAAACGGCACCUCAAGUCGGAGAUUGACGAGCGACGUCGGAAAAGGUGGGACAUGCAGCAGCUGCGGGAGCAGCGGCGCACGGAGCGCCUGAGGCGACGGCUUCUUCCCGAUGCGGGGCGGGGGAGGUCCAGUUCCUGCCUCCAGUCCUUCUGCAGCCACCCGAGGAACGUGCAUUUUGUGGAGGUGGUGGAGGCUCUACCCGUGGUGGCCUUUGGCCAGCCCAUCCCCAGCUUAGAGCCGUCGGAGUUUGCGGUGCCGUGGUUUGAUCUGGCAGAACGGCAGCAGCGGAGGGCGAAGUGCCGGCGGCGCUCCUCCCACAGUUCCAGCAACAAGUAGUAGCCGUGCAGAGCCAGACAACAGACAUCCCGGCACACGAGGACCGCCGUACGACAUGCCCGUUCAGCGGCAUGCGGGGACAUGUGCGGAGCAGCGCGCGACUUCCGCAUGGCAGGGUGCAGCCUGGGACAUCUGCCAACGACUGCAGUUCGCGCACGCGUCAUCGCCGGAGCGUCAACAUCUCCGAGCACACGCCAGAGCAGACGGACUAGAAGCGCUUGCCAGCAUGCGGAAAAACGAUCUUGGCGGUUGCACUCGCGUGACUUUGAAGGGUGCUCCGUUUGAAAGAGCACUCGUACAACAAUCAAAUCACAUUUCGAAGCCUUGCACCCGUGCCCCCUUUCAAAGAGCUGCGCCGAACUUGCAAAAGACAGUGCUAAUCUCACAGCGGAGAGUUUUACCAAGCCACAUACGAGCCUUCAGGGAGGUCGUAGCCAUUUGGGUUUUUAACUGGCGAGCAAGAAAUUAUAUUCCUUAUUUGGAACAAUAAGCUCGAUCAAGCGGGGGAUCAAACCAGCUAAGGUCCGCCCACUCCAUGAUCCGCAAAGGAUUCAAUGUCGUCUGCUUUGACUUGUGCCCAGGCGCUCCCUAGGCUGCAGUGGCCACAGUGUUGUUUGCCCUCUUCAAUCAAGGCCCGCAGAGAAGCGUAGAAAAUGCGAGGUGCAAUACAGUGCCUCAACCAAGCACGAACUGAGAAAUGUUUCCAGUAGGCUGUGAGUCUUCUAACAGGGUUGUUUUUCCCAAACUGAACAAAAAAAAGAAAAAACCCUUUUUUAAUUGUACAGGAGCCAGGAAGGGAAUCUGCACGCAAACACAGAUACCCUGAGCUCGUUCGACGCGCAAUGAACUGCUUUGUACAACAUUGCCAGCCAAGACAAGUGGAGACCUGGACAGUUUUACGGUGCUUCGGUGUUUGGAAGAUCGAAGGAAAGGAAUUUCAAGAGCUUUGAAUGCCUUUCCUCUCCUCAUGAAAGCUUUUUUUUGCCCGCUACGCCUCAUCAGUUUUGUGACUUGUCUAUAUUGAGCGCAAGGCAGGGCUCACUUCGGUUGACAGCCAUUUUUUUUGUAAAUACUACUAGCAAAUUGAGUUUCUUCCUGUUUUAGGUGGAGAGGCCUGUCAUUUACCUUUAUUUUAAAAAGAAUAUUGCCAGUUGUUGCUAAUAGGUUUAGUGCUGUUUUUUUUUAAUCUUAAGUUGUUAAAGACAAAUUAAAUUCAGAGUUGUUACUAAGCCCUGCUAUCCGGUUAUGAAAUUGCUCAUAAAAGAUCAAGGUACAAUGAGAGGGUUAUUUAUAACAUUUAUAGCUCAAAGUUGCCAGAACUGAAACAUUGUCAUACAUUCCUACAAAAGGAUAAGUGUUUUGGGAUGUGUGCCCUGAAAAGCUACUACAACUACUUUCUUUGCUCUGCAAGGGAGAACUACCGUAUUUACUCGCAUAUUGGCGGCUUAGGAAAACCAAUGAACCUAGCGAGCCAGCUAUUGCUGCACGUUUGCAUCUGCAGUGCAAGUGAUCAUCAUACGUCUAAAGCAGAGUGAAAACAGCACACAAGGUGUUGCCAAAUGAUCGAAAGCUUAGAGGCCAAACACUGACUCUUGCAUCCACUUUCAUGCAGAAAAUUGCUGUGCAAAGUAGUGCCAACGAAAUGACGAAGUUUAGAAAAGGUUUUGACCGAAGACUGUUACCUGCUUCGAGACUAUCCGGGCAACUGCCAUCUGAUCACGUGAGAAUCUCUCGUGCUUGGAUAGUUUUGCAAAACACGUUUAAUGUACCUCGGCAUUUAGAAAACACCCUUGUAGACAAUAUGGCGCUCUGUGUGCUUAGUGGAAAGGUCGCACAUGGGCUUCAUUCAAUUAGAGAAUACAUGCUCCACCGGUAUGCGAGUAGAUGCGGUGCUCCUUGCAUAACCUAGACACGUUUUGUUGCAAUUUUAUUUGUCACGUUUUGGUUGGAGUGAACGAAACCAGGUGCAGCGACGAAUCCGCGAAUCCAGACAUGAACGGAGAUCUGCAGCAAGGAUGAAUGCAGCCUGUUGGAGAAAAACCGAAGGCGUAUUUCGCGCUAGUGAACCAACCCGGCGCCUGUUUGGAAAAAGGCAACCAGUUGCCCAUUUGGCAGACGCUUGAAAAGAGAUGCUAUGCAACUCAUGUACAUAGAGGGUUGUUCUCCCAACUGCCUACCUUGGCAGUGCUAUAGUCAUCCCAUUCAUUGAAGUCACCUGUAAUUAUACUUGUUCACAAUAAAUCUCACCAUUUUGGGAUGCAUGCCCUGUGGAGGCUGCAAGCAAU